UGCAGUGCUAGUGUCUAGUGCAGUAAAGUUACGUGACUGACGACGGGAUUUGGACUUCGAAACACCGAACGCCGCUGAAAUCGUCUGAUCUUCGUAAAUUUGAAACUUUAAGAGAUUGUCGUUAACAUUCUACUGAAAUAUAGAGUCUACUUGUAACAAAUAAGUGAAAUAUGGCGCUGAACAAACUAGCGAUGAGACAGAUGUGGCGUCCGCUUGCCUCAAUAUCGCAGCGAUUCCAAGGCACGACAGCAACGGCAGCAAGUACGCAAACUCGUAAUCCUGAAGCCUCAGCCGAGAAGGUUCAAUUUAACUGGAAGGAUGCGUUGAAUCUAGAGCGUCACCUGACAGAGGAGGAAGUGAUGGUUCGCGAUCAGAUGAACGCCUACUGCCAGGACAAACUCAUGCCUCGGGUCCUCAUGGGCAACAGAAAUGAAGUCUUCCACCGGGAGAUCUUUAAUGAAAUGGGCGAGCUGGGGGUCCUGGGCCCUACCAUUAAGGGCUAUGGGUGUGCUGGGGUGUCCUCAGUCGCCUACGGUCUAAUCGCCAGGGAGGUGGAGAGGGUUGACUCCGCCUACCGUUCGGCAAUGAGUGUCCAGUCAUCACUUGUCAUGCACCCAAUCCACGAGUACGGAACGGAAGCACAGCGACAAAAGUACCUCCCAAAAUUGGCAACGGGUGAACUUGUGGGUGCUUUUGGACUGACAGAACCAAACCAUGGGAGUGAUCCUGCUGGCAUGGAAACCAGAGCACGAUACAACCCGGCCGGGAAGAGCUAUACCCUGAACGGCGCCAAGUCAUGGAUCACAAAUUCUCCCAUCGCCGACGUCUUCGUGGUUUGGGGCAAGAAUGAAGCCGAGGGCGGAAGGAUUCGUGGCUUCAUCCUGGAGAAGGGAAUGAAGGGAUUGUCAGCCCCGGUCAUCGAGGGCAAGUUUUCUCUGCGGGCCUCCACGACGGGUCAGAUCGUGAUGGAAGACGUGGAGAUACCAGAGGAGAACAUGCUGCCUAACGCUCAGGGCCUCGGGGGUCCCUUUGGAUGUCUGAACAGUGCCCGUUACGGCAUAUCAUGGGGAGCUCUCGGGGCAGCCGAGUUCUGCUUAGAAGCUGCCAGGCAGUACACGCUGGACAGAAUUCAGUUUGGAUCCCCGCUUGCCAAGAACCAGCUUAUCCAGAAGAAGCUCGCCGACAUGUUGACCGAGAUAUCGCUGGGACUGCAGGCUUGCGUUCAAGUUGGACGACUCAAGGACGAAAACAAAAUUGCACCAGAGAUGAUCUCCAUGAUCAAGCGCAACUCUUGCGGCAAGGCGUUGGAUAUUGCCCGGAACGCGCGGGACAUGCUGGGCGGCAACGGCAUCUCAGACGAGUAUCACAUCAUCAGACACGUCAUGAACCUGGAAGCUGUCAACACAUAUGAAGGCACCCAUGACAUCCAUGCGCUGAUCCUUGGACGAAGCAUCACUGGACUUCAGGCUUUUGUACCUGCCAAGAAUUAGUGUAAAGAACGCCCCCUGCUUCCCCAAACAAGUCAGUGGAGCUCUAAGCACGCAAUAUUGGUUAGCGAAUUGAUAAGUUCAAGCUGACCAGACCAGUCAAAAAUGAUAAAUAUGCACUCUGCAUGAUAUCUUACGGCCCGUCUCAAUUCAUAUCAGGGACGAGUUCCGACAAGUUGCGGACAUUGUAUCAGGUAUAAGUUGCAGGAUUCUGAACAACUUCCCCGCAAUCUUCCCGCAAUGAAGUCAUCAGUAUUAGUGAGUCAAGCAGUUGCUAAUGAAAAUUUCCCUGGAACAUGUCCGGGACAGAUGCGGAGAUUGUUACGGACAAAGUCAAUGAUUCUACCCACAACUUGUCCGGAAUUCGUCCCGGAAAUGAAUUGAAAUGUCCCCUAGCUGGUGUCUUGUUUUUUAUGCUAAGCAAGAAUACAUUCUGUGCAAAGCAAAAUUGUGCAUCGAGCUGCUUUGUGGAUAUCACUCUGGAAUAGUAUUCAACCAACGUGGUGUCAUAUGAGAAUAUUUUAGAGAAUUAAAAAAAAAAUGAAAUUUUGUUUCUUAUUUUUUUUGUGGAAGAAAAUUUAGACUACAUCUCCAGGUGUUUUUGGAAUGUCUUGCUAGCUCCACUUCUUUCCCGAAUUUGAACUGAAAAAGCGAAGAGGUUAGAGGAUUGAAGAGAGUGUUCAGAGCCAUUAUGUUCAAAUUCUUAUCAGAAUUUGUGAACUUGAACGAAACAUUGCCGUAUGUAAAUUGUUUUUGGUUGCGUAAUGUGUAAAUUUGAAACCAUCAACAUGAUGAUUUUCACAAAUAUUCCAACAUCAUGACAUGGACUCAUUUUUUAAAAUUCUCUCUGAAACAAUUACAGAUAAACCUUUGAAUACUGUGGGGUUUUUUUUUACUGAAGUGUAUUUUGUUUGCUUUUUUCCAUAUGUUUUCACCUGAAAUUGAGAGAUAUUGUACAUACAUGUAUCCGAGAUAUUUUAAGUAUAGGGUGUUUAACUGUAACAUAAUUAAGACACCACCAGUUGCUUAUCAUUUGCAUCAGUUCUGUCGAUGAAUUUGAAUCAUGUCUAAUGUACAUAACUGAUAAAUAUGACCUAUUAUGAAAAGAAAAUGCGAAUUAUGCAUGUGUAGGCCUAUGUCCAAGUUGAUUUAGUAUGCAAGUAGGUUUGUAUGGCUAGCAACCUUCUUACCUCUCAGAACACAAUUAUUAAACAAAAUAAUGAAAAAUAUUUAAUUUCCUUCCUCAAAAUAGAACAUUGCCAAAA